AUGGAAGACCAAUCCAGCAUCUCUGAAUUUUUCCUUCAAGUCUUAUCUGGGUCACCGCAACAGCAGUUAUUCUUUGGAAUCUUCCUGGGCAUGUAUCUUGUCACCUUGACUGGGAACCUACUCAUCAUCCUGGUCAUCGGCUCUGACCCCCACCUCCACACACCCAUGUACUUCUUUCGCAACCUGUCCUUUGUUGACAUGAGUUUAACAUCCUCCACUGUAAAGAAGAUGCUGGUAAAUGUACAGACUCAGCAUCAUAACAUCUCCUAUGCUGGCUGCCUCACACAAAUGUAUUUCUUUCUGAUGUUUUGUGACCUAGACAGCUUCUUUCUAGCAGUGGUGGCAUAUGACCACUACAUGGCCAUCUGCUGCCCUCUUCACUACUCCACAGUAAUGAAUCUGUGAGUCUCUGCCCUGCUGCUUGCCUCAUGCUGGGUCUUCACCCACAUUGUUGCCCUCACUCACAUCCUCCUCAUGGCUCAGCUGUCCUCCUGUGUUGUUGGGGAAAUAGCUCACUUUCUCUGUGACAUAAUUCCUGUCCUGAGGCUGUCCUGUUCUGAUACCUGCAUGAACAAAUUGAUGGUUUUUGCUUUAGGAGGCACAGUGGUCACUGUUCCCUUUCUGUGCAUUGUCCUCUCCCAUGUACACAUUGAAGCUGCCAUCCUGAGAGUCUUAACUCCUGGUGGGGGAUGCAGAGCCUUUUCCACCUGCAGUUCCCAUAUCUGUAUUGUCUCUGUGUUCUAUGGGACCCUCUUCAGUGCCUACUUGUGCCCUCAUUCUGUUGCCUCUGAAGGGAAGAUCUUUCUAGCAACUGUAAUAUACACAGUGGUGACCCCCUUCUUGAAACACUUUAUCUUCAGCCUAAGGAACAAGGACAUGAAGGGCACCCUUAGGAGGCUCCUUAGUCAUAGGAGAAUUCUUUCUUCUUAUAUAGACCGAGAGAAACUUUCUUUGAAAAGACAGACGCUUGGAGCCAGACACACAUGGCUCCAGAUUGGGGUCUUCACACACUAG